CGACCAGUUAAUGGGCACGGCGAGGGACGGUUCAGUGUAUCUUUGCCAGCCUACAUCUAUCUGCACGGGAGUUGCAGAAAAGCCUCAUGUUCAUCGAGCCGUGAGUCACACAUGAUUUUUAACGCUGUUAUGAUCCAAUUAUAAUCACACAGCAAUGGUAGUCUAUGAUAUUUGCUUUUCCACAACUUAUUCUGUCAGCCACAGUAAAGAGAGAUUAUUUAAAAAAAAAAAGGCAGCAGGCGGGGUUUAACGUGCGCCGCCGCCGUUUGCGCUACCUAGUACGCUGACUGACAAGGACUAAAUCUAAAAGAAAACAAGGCAAUCCUGCGCCGACGCUCUGCACUUUGACUCUUGUGUAUGAUUCCCAACUUCCUCAUUGCAGGUUUGGUCAAGAAAAGCUUUUUAAUCUUUAAUAAGGCCACGGAAGGGCUGGAGCUCCAGGCGGGUACAGUAUGGGAGAGAAAAAGAGAGGGAGAGCGAGAGAAAGAGAGCUCGCAGUGUGUAUAAAAACUAACACUUUUACUCUGAGCUCAUGCUCUUAUUGUCAUGUUUAAUUUGGUUGUGUGUUUCUUUUCUCUUCACUCACCAUGUGAUUCACUGAAGGAGUGGAAGCUGAUUAUCAUCUGUACAAUACAGUACCAUAUUUAACACGCACAACAUGUUUAUCAUUCAUAUGAACAUCCAUUCAUCUCUGUGUACCAUAUAAAAUGUUUGGUUAAAAAAAAAUACUGGCACUCACAAUGACUAGUGAUUUGGAUUAAAAAAAUAAUAAAUUGGAGUGGACUCGGGUUAUGUAUAAAUCUUGGAAAGAGAACCAGAGUUCAUCUAGCAAAUUUUUACUAGUCACCAUGGAAACAUCAGACAGCUCUAACCUGCUUUCUCGUGGGUGGAGCUUUUAAUCCUUCAGGUGUGUCUGUGUGUGAACCCUGGCUCUAAAACACCGCCAGUUCUUAUACAGCUUUCUAAACAGGGCAGGUUUUAUUUCCACAGCUGUAGUUAGACUACACUUGGUGUUUCUAAACUGUCUGAGAACAAUGUUGUGUGUGUUAAAUAUCGCUGUUUGCCAUUUUGAGCCCAAAGGGAAUGUUAUACAUAAACAAGACACCCACAUCCACUGCCCCAGUUAAACACACCACCCAGAUCCUGACUUCAGAAAGCCUUCACUCGGGCCCGACUGAUAAUAUCAGUAUAAUACGAGAGAGUUGUUGAUAAAAUGGUUGGUAAAUGAUGAAAAGAAACCGAGAUGGAGUGGAUCCUUUAACCGUGUUAUGUGUAUUCAGCUAGUCUGGUUAACACCAGACCAUAUCACAAGUGAAAUAUGGUCUGGAAUCCGCCUAUUGAAUUUCUCGUAGGGGAGGUGUGGUUUGCAAUUGUCAACGGCCAUUUAUUGGACGUUGCGAAUGUCUAUCAUUUGGCGUAUACGUAGCCCAUGGCCAAUCAUGGCAGUUGUACCCGGUGACGUAGUUAGAGCGACGAAGAAGAGAAGGAAAGAGAGAAGGCAAAACAAAAAGACUGUAACGCCAAACGCUGUUCUUUUUUUAAAACAAACUUUCGCUCUAAACUAUUCAGAACAGUGUUUUAAAGCUUGAUCGAAAGUUUGGUUCGUAUCGCUCGCCGCCAUGUUAAAUGUGAUCCGUAAACAGUCCCAAAUAAACUACAAGCUUCCAUUUGUCGAGUAGUACGCAUAACCGUCUUUCCACCCCUCCCCAGUCUCUGAUUGGCUCCCUAACUCAGGCGAGCCUUUAGACCAUAGUUUCCAUGCUGUCUUUUCAGAUCGGAACGAUUGUGCAAAGCAGCAUGGGAUUUCCCAGGUAUUAUAUUCAGCUGUUUAGAGAGUCUGUUUUGGGCAGACAUACGAGUUUUUAGGAUUUUUUUUUUUUUUGGUACAGUUCCUAUAUUAACAAACGAACAAAGUAAAGAAUUCAAAGUGUUGCGAAUUUGAAUUCUUAAUUAUAUUUUAAAAAUAACUCUUAAAUGUCUGUGCUACAUAGUGAAAAAGGCCAACCAGGAAAUUCAUUACUAUUCACAAUUUUAAGUGGUGAAUGGUUGGGCCGUUAUCAGUACCUUUUUUUUUUUUAAAUCGAUAUAGGUGCCAAAAAUCCCUUAUUUGUCGGGCCCUGUUCACAACUACAUUCUAUAUAAAAAUAUAUACGUAUAUUUUAAACCGAUGCCUCAUCAAGGACUCCCUGUGAAGACGUUCAUUCUCAAAAUUACACCUCAUUUGAUGAACUGUAUUAAUUCCCCUCAUCCACCCUGCUGAGGCCCCGCCCCUUCCCCCCAGGUUUAGCAGUGUGUCAUGGUGAGUGUGUGUGUGACAGGCGUGUUCAAACAUGCGUGUGUGUUUUCGCUCACUGCGUGCGCGUGUUGCUGUUGCAGGAGACGAGUCUCGACAGCGGGUGAAGUUCACGGACGAGCGAGUGUGUAAGUCUCACCUGCUGAACUGCUGUCCACAUGACAUCCUGUCCGGCACGCGUAUGGACCUGGGCGAGUGUUCCAAGAUCCACGACCUGGCUCUGAGGGCCGACUACGAGAUCGCGUCGAAAGAGAGAGAUCUGUUCUUCGAGCUGGACGCCGUGGAUCAUCUGGAGUCAUUCAUCGCCGAUUGCGACCGCAGAACUGAACUGGCGAAGAAACGUCUCGCCGAGACGCAGGAGGAGAUCAGUGCUGAGGUUGCUGCUAAGGCAGAGAAGGUGCACGAGUUGAACGAGGAGAUCGGGAAGCUGUUGGCCAAAGCGGAGCAGCUCGGUGCUGAGGGGAAUGUGGAUGAAGCUCAGAAGGUUCUACAGGAAGUGGAGAAAGUGCGCACGAAGAAGAAGGAUGCUGAGGAGGAAUACAGGAACUCGAUGCCUGCCUCCAGUUUCCAACAGCAGAAGCUCCGUGUGUGUGAGGUGUGCUCUGCCUAUCUGGGUCUCCAUGACAACGAUCGUCGCCUCGCUGAUCAUUUUGGUGGGAAAUUGCACCUGGGCUUCAUCCAGAUCAGAGAAAAGCUGGAGCAGCUGAAGAAAACGGUGCAGGAUAAGCAGGAGCGGCGAAACCAGGAGAGACUGAAGCGGAGGGAGGAGAGAGAGCGUGAGGAGAGGAUGAGGAGGAGGACCAGGACCAGAUCACGCAGCCGAGAGCGCAGGAGGUCUCGUUCUCGUGAUCGCGAGCGUGACCGAGAGAGGAGACGGCGGAGAUCUCGCUCUUCCUCGAGGGAGAAACGCAGGUCGAGAUCCCGAUCCCGAGACAGAGAGAGACGCAGGAGACACCGAUCACGCUCCAGAUCUCACUCGCACUCUCGCAGAGAACACUCGCACAGGUCAUCACGAGACCGUCUUAACGGGAGGGCAGAGUCUCGUCGCUCCGGAGACAGAGAGUCCGGAGAGCUCUGAGGGCCGUAACCCACCUUCCUAUAUGGCACAGUUACCAUGGGAAUGACUGUGUGUCACUUGGCUAUGCGUACAUCCUCUUUAACCCCCCCACCCCCGUCCCACCCACCUACCUCUGACCUCUGACCCCUCCCUCAGCUUUUACGUUUCACUUUUAUUUACCAGUACACAGAUGAGUGCAGUGAGUCGUGGCUCUUUAUUCCCACAGCCUGGUCAGUGGGAAUGAGCAGCGCUGCCUUGCACCAUGUUCCCUGGGUUCCAGUGCAUUAUGGUCUUUGUAGUGUUUACAUUCUGUCUGGGGAAGAACUGCCCUUGUGCUCAUCCUGUUGGGUGUGUGUGUAGUGAUUCCCCAAACAGAUGGACAGAACACCUCACACUCCUGCAGGAGCAGAAGGUUAUCAAUGAGUGUGAUGGACUGAAUAAUAUAGGACUCAGAAUGGUGUAUGUUCUCCUCGUUCCUUUUCUUGUUCUUUUAUAAACCCCUCUGAUUCAUCUCGUCCCUCUCUAAUGCAUUAUUAAAUGGAUUUUAUCAACAUCA